UACUACUAAUCUUUUUUUCUGAAAGGGGGGGUGUCCUCUCUGCCAUCAGCAUUGGACAGCAGCCGAGUGCUCCGACCUUUUCAAUCAUCUUUAAAAAAGCUGCUGGGAAGCUUCUGCAAACACACGGACACGCACUCGCUGACCUGCUGCUGAUACCGGGCAAGAUGUUCUGCAGACGGGCACUGCUGAGAGUCGGGCCGCUGGCACGGAGGGCUUUCAAACCUACAUCCAGACAUGCUCCAGUGCGACACAUGGCCUUCGGGGUUCCUGGUGGCUCCAGCAACAUGGCGUACUUUGUUUUGUGUGGAGGAGGCCUGACUGCUGCAGUCGUCUAUGCCUACAAGACGGUCAACGGUGAUAGCGAGCGCUAUGAGGACAGGCUCGCCAACAUGGGCUCCGCGGCAAAGGCUCCUGAGGCAGAGGCAGCACCAGAAGUGGCAGCUCCUGCAGCCGAACCCGCCCCGGUGGAGGAGGCGGGGCCGACCGCAGAAGUCGCCGAAGAGGUUGUGGUCGAGGAGGCAGCUGCCGAGGCUGUCCCUGCUCCUGCAGAACCAGUAGCGGAGACCGCCGCCGAACCGGUCGUUGACGCCGCGUCUGAAGAAGCAGCAGCCGCCGUGGCCUCGGAGGGGGUGGUUGCUGAGGCUGCAGCUGAGCCAGCAGUCCCAGAAGAAGCUGCUCCACCUGUAGAAGCAGUUCCUGAAGCUGUGGAAGUGGCUGCCACAGAGGAAACCCCUGCAGCAGAGGCCCCGGCAGUCGAAGCCCCUGCAGCAGAGAGCGCUGGUACGGCAGCAGUAGAAGAAGUCCCUCCCGCUCCCCCCGCUGAGGCAGAGACUGGCUCUGCAGCCCCUGAGGCUGAGGCAGCCCCUGCUGCAGAGGUGGCUGCAUAAAGCUGUGAGGGUGCAAUAGCCGCCCAGAAAGUAGGGCUAGAGUCAGAUGUGCUGUGUCCCAAACCUCUGGCCCUGGAAAAAGCACCCAUGAACCCCUAUUUUGAUUUUUAAAAAUGUUUAGUUUUCACUUCUAGUUGGUUAUUAAAUACCAGUUGGGGGUUCAUCAGUCCAGUUUCCGGGUGCCUUCCUUCCCUUACCUCAUCCCAACCUUCAGACCCAAAUCUGAACAUUUGGCAUUCGGCUGUGUUUAAGAUUCAGUUUGGAAAAUUCAGUUUCUAUAGGAUUGGCUGCUAUACAGUUAAUAGGAGUGUUGAACUAGGUGAUAUAAGGGACAGAACUGAGUUGAUGACUAAUGUUGAUCUCCUUGAAAUAUUAUUCUAAGUGCCCUUAAAACAGGACAGCCCGGCAUUUUCUUCCUUAUCUCAAAAUGUCAGCACGGUGAAUGAAUGUAGCCCGUUUUGAUAAGUUGUUUAAGUUGUCUUUUCUCGUUCCAACACUAUUUGCACUUGGUCUUCUUCUGCUCAGCAAACGCUUACUUCCAGCUGUAGCCCAUGAAUCUUUGCAAAAACGGCGGAGAGAUGGAACACUGUCGGUGUACUACUUCAUUUCGUGAACUGUCUCGCUGUGAAGUUUGACCAAAAACGGCUCUUCAGCUCUUGUCCAGUUUUCUUAAUCAUUUUUGCGCAUCUCCUCUUUCCUAUUUGCUUCAUAAUGACCUUGCACAUUCAAAUACUUACUACUACUACUUACUAAUUCACCAGCCAUGUAUUUUUUGCAGUGUUAACUCUCUUUUUACACGUUUCUUUACUUUUUUUUAAAUGUGAAAUCUUUCAGGGAACACUACAGAAAAUUCAUUCAUCUGUCUUUGAGCAAGUUGUCAUUAUGAUUAAUAGUUUUUUCAAACAAUAAAACAUUACUGGAUGAGAACAAAGUGUCUCAAUAUUGGAUUUU